AUGGAUAAAUUAUCUAUCUAUCUAUCUAUCUAUCUAUCUAUCUAUCUAUCUAUCUAUCUAUCUAUCGAUCUAUCUAUCUAUCAGAAACCAUAUUGUUUAAAAUUUGCUAUAUUUAUGGAGAAGUUUUGUUCUUACCUUUUUUCUGAUUUUUCUUUCUCCUCUAUAACGUUUUCGAUUUUUCUUCUGUCAUUUUCCUUACCUUUCAUUUUUUUUACCGCCAUCAGUGUUUUUAACAUUUUUUUUUUAUUUCUCCACAAUAUACUGAUUUUCUUUCUUUCUUUCUUUCUUUCUUUCUUUCUUUCUCAGCUCAUUUUUCUUCUUUCUUUCUUUCUUUCUUUCUCUCUUUCGCCGCAUUCUUUUUUCCAUUCUUAUGUCAUUUUUUUCUUUCUCGGCUCAUUUUCCUUCCAUUUGCCUUCUUCUCUCUAUCUUUCUUGUAUCACUUUUUCUUUCUCAUCUCAUUUUCCUUCUCUCUUUCUUUCGCCUUCUUCUCUCUUACAUUUUUGUUUCAUUUUUUUCUUUCUCAGUUCAUUUUCUUUCUUUCUUUGCACCCACCUCUCUAUGCUUUUCUUUCUUUCUUUCUUUCUUUCUUUCUUUCUUUUUUUCUUUCUUUCUUUCUUUCUUUAA